GUCUGUGUUAAACACUGUCACUGUCUGAAGCCCUAGUGCUAUUCUGUCCAGUGAUUCCUUCCACGGUUGAUCACACGACACUGCUGAACCGCUGUCAGCCGGCCCAUUGUUUACUUAUCGCCGCUAUCGGCCUUAUCUGUCUCAGGGUCCUACUCCACUGUGUGCCCCUCAACACCAUCGCCAUUGUCUCGACAUUCCAGCUCCUAGGACCGACAUUCUCACAACCUUACAACCCUAGACGCUAAACCUAGACCCCUAUUGCCAGAGUACACGCAAUGGCGUCUUCAGGUAUCCUGGCCGGCCGUCUGGCUGGCAAGAACUGCCUGAUCACCGGUGCCGCCGGAGGCAUCGGUCUUGAGACCAGCAUUCUGUUUGCCAAGGAGGGCGCCAAUGUGCUCAUGACAGACGUCUCUAAUGAAGCGCUGAUGACAGCCUUCGGAAAGGUCGGCCAUCUGGUCCCGAACUGCAACCGCAUUGAGUGGAGGGUCUGCGAUGUCUCCAAAGAAGCCGACGUGAAAGGCGCCAUCGAGCACCUGGACGACUGGGGCGGCCUGGACGUCAUCUUCAACAACGCCGGCAUCAUGCACGCGUGCGACGACGACGCCGUCAACACGCCCGAGAACAUCUGGGACCUGACCAUGAACAUCAACGUCAAGGGGGUCUGGUACGGGUGCAAGCACGCCGUGCUCGCGCUGCGCCGCCACGACAAGAAGAAGGGCAGCAUCAUCAACACGGCCUCGGUUGUCGCCCUGGUCGGCUCCGCCACCCCGCAGCUCGCCUACACCGCCAGCAAGGGCGCCGUGCUCGCCCUGACCCGGGAGCUCGCCAUCGUCCACGCCCGCGAAGGUUUUCGCUUCAAUGCCCUGUGUCCCGCGCCGCUCAACACGCCGUUGCUGCAGGACUGGCUCGGUGACGACCAGGCAAAGCGGCACCGUCGCGAGGUGCACUUCCCGACGGGGCGGUUCGGAGAGGCGGUCGAGCAGGCGCAGGCGGUGCUGUUCCUCGCGAGCGACGAGAGCAGUUUUGUGAACGGAACGGACUUUGUUGUCGAUGGUGGAAUGACCAAGGCCUAUGUCACCCCGGAGGGCCCCGCGGCCCCUGCGCCGGUCAAUAAUGCGCUCAAGGAUAGGCUGGACUAGGGGGAGAGGGAGGAUAGUGGUUCAUUAGAUGGGAACCUGAACGGCGCGAACAGAGUACUUUGUAGUAACUUUGCUUUAUGGCUCAAUCCGGCCUUAUGCAUAACCCCCUCACAACCUAAUGCAACGCCUUUUAUGUCCAC